AUGGUCCUCCCCACCUUUAAUGGUUACUAUAGAAACAACAUGGACUGUACGUAUGUUUUCCGACAACCGGAAGGAAAACGAGUCGCCAUCACCUUCACCCAGUUCAACCUUCAGCAGAGGAAUGCCGACGGGAAGUGUAUGGAUUAUGUUCAGAUUUCUGAUUCUGGGUCCACACUACCGAUAGCUGAACAUUGUGGAAUCAUAUCCUCCCCUUUCACAGUGACCUCGACCUUUAAUGAACUCUCUGUUCGGUUUUAUUCUGAUGCUUACACACAAGGAACAGGAAUCAGUAUUUCCUAUAUUCAAGUUGAACCCUGUGGCGGGAAAUAUGAAUUGCUGGAAGGUCGCUUCUUCCCCCCGGUUUACAGCAACCUAUACUCCGCCAACGAGAACUGUGACUUUCAUAUACAGACUUAUACCGGAAGUAAAAUUAUGGUUGCCUUUAGCAAAUUUAGACUAGAGAAUAACUGGGCAGCUAGUUGUGUGGACUAUUUAGAGAUCGUUGACCCGUUUGCUUUCGAACACCAAACUCUAUCAAACGGGGAUCCACAUGAUCACGUCCUGGAGAACAGCCACAAACAUUACUGCGGCGCCACUUUCCCGCCAAACACGCUUUACCAUGGCAAUGAGCUAUUCAUCAAGUUCCGAUCGGACGGGACGGUGGAGACUGAGGGGUUCGUCUUAGAGUGGGCAGCGUGUGGUGGUAAAAUAACCGACCAUUACGGUGAAAUCAAGUCACCGGAACUCUACCUCGCGCAUGCGUUUGAUAUAACAUGCGAGUACACUAUAGAACCACUAGAUGUGGAAUCCUUUUUUGUGCAGUAUAAAUCAGAGUACACUCAGUCAAGCGCCUGUGAUAAUGCUUUAAAGGUUGAAGAAAUUGGUCCCCAGAACAGUACACUGCUAAAUCUUCCAUGUUCAAAUGAGGGAAAUGGACUGUUACAAACUGGAGCCAAGAAAUUAAAGCUAACCUUUAAUCAGGCACUCGGAAGACCUCGUGGUUUUAAGUAUAGUCUUAUAUGGACAGCUUGUGGCAGCCGGGUUACCACGCCUACAGGCAAAAUUCGAUCACCAUUUUGGCCUGGAUUUUAUCCAAUUAAACGAUCGUGCUCUUACGUCAUAGACAGCGUGUCUGGAAGCAAUGUUGUGUUGGAUUUCUUGAACUUAAAUCUUGUAAAAACUGGCACCUGUGAAGACUAUAUACAGAUCCACAAUGGUGUUGACGAAAAUUCUCCAUUGUUAAGAGUGGUGACCGGAAGUACGAUCCCAGAAACAACGAUAUCGACAACCAGUCGUAUGUUCGUUAAGUUUGUAGCCCAGUGUGACGUCAGCUCGGAGGGAUUUCAGGCCAAAUGGAGUGUGUGUGGAGUGACAUUGAGUGAAGAAUCGGGAGAAAUUAUGUCCCCUAGUUAUCCUAAGAAUUACAUCCGGGACAUUGUCUGCAGUUACACCAUCACUCAAUACCCAGGAAGGAUAACCUCUCUUACUUUCAUAGAUUUCGAUGUCGGAUCCAAAGUGGACGGGUCGUGUAUCGAUGAUUAUGUAGAGAUCAGAGAUGGAUUUUUUCGACAGUCUACUUUGUUAGGAAAGUAUUGCGGUAAAUUACAAAGAUUCACCAUCAAUUCCACAAGUAACACCCUUAACCUUAUAUUGGUAUCCAGUAGCAACCAAAACAUCCGGUACGGAGGGUUCAAGGCCAUAUACAAAUCCAAUGUCAAAGAGACGAUGUUAACUUCUACAGCGGCAUCACCAAACUUCACAGUUAUCUACAAAGGACUAACUGCGGAUCAACAAAAUUUACUGGAUCUGGAUAUAGCGCUCAUCUGUACCUUAUCCAUUAUCAUCGUUAUUCUCAUUGUUGUUAUCCUCGUCCUCUUACUACUGAAAAGAAAGAACAAACCACCUUUGAUUGUACAAGAGCAAAAGGUUGAAGUUUCGAACUCUUCACGCAAUGAUGGCGUGUUAAAUUACCGUGAUAACACUCAACUGUUAGACAUUUACAACAAAGUUGAUUCGCCUAGCCAUCAAAACAAAGAUGACGUGAAAGCAGAAAUUAACCUUACACUACAACAACAGCUAAGAGAACAACAGAGACGCAAAAGUACAGGAAGUCACGUGACUCGUGACGUGUACGUACAGCCGCUAAGAAAGCCUCUGCAGGAAAAGAUUCAAGAAUCCACGGAAUUCAAAGCUACCUCUCCGUCCAGUGUGGCGAGUUACAAACAAACUGCUGACAACUACGCUCAGAUGACAGAGACAUUUAAAGAGGACACUUUUGAUUUGGAUAACUACACCAAAGUCGACCCACGUGCUAAAAGCCCCGUCCUUAAAUUUUCUACAAGCAAGAAAGGAUAUGCGAACGAUACUUACGAUGACGUAGAAAGCACAAGAGCAAAGACAUCCUCUGAAAUGAUGUACCUGUAGUAGGAAAAAACCCAUAUGAACCUUAGCAUUUCAAUAUGCACUAAAUAUUCAUUCAGUGAUGGAGGACACGUUAACUUACACAUCUGCCUGCUUUGACCUUGAAUAUACUUUGGAGGUAUAUGUACAUGACUCAGACAAUAAAGAAAAAUCAA